CGCCCCGAGUCCACCCGCUCCGGCUCGCCAGCCGCUCCCUCUGUGGCCGAGGCCCCGCUGGGGAGCUGGUGCUUUCUGCUGCGGGACGUGGUCCAUGCGGCCGCCCAGCAUGUCCGGGCACUUUCUGCUCGCGCCCAUCCCCGAGUCCUCCUCCGACUACCUCCUGCCCAGGGACAUCAAACUGGCCGUCCUGGGCGCCGGCCGCGUGGGCAAGAGCGCAAUGAUUGUACGCUUUCUGACCAAGAGAUUCAUUGGGGAUUAUGAACCAAAUACAGGCAAGUUGUACUCCCGGCUUGUCUGUGUCGAGGGAGACCAGUUGUCCCUGCAGAUCCAGGACACCCCCGGAGGAAUCCAGGUCCAAGACAACCUCAUGCAGGUGGCCGACUCCCUGGACAAAUGGGUGCAGUGGGCAGAGGGCUUUCUGCUGGUCUAUUCCAUCACAGACUAUGACAGCUACCAGUCUAUUCGCCCCCUUUACCAGCACAUCCGGAAGGUCCACCCUGACUCAAAGGCCCCUGUCAUCAUCGUGGGCAACAAGAGGGAUCUGCUGCAUGCCCGGCAGGUGCAGACUGACGACGGUGUUCAACUAGCCAAUGAGCUGGGCAGCCUGUUCCUUGAAAUUUCCACCAGCGAAAACUAUGAAGACGUCUGUGAUGUGUUUCAGCAUCUAUGCAAAGAAGUGAGCAAGCUGCACAGCCUCAGUGGGGAGAGGAGAAGGGCCUCCGUCGUUCCUCGGCCACGCUCUCCCAACAUGCAAGACCUGAAGAGGCGCUUCAAGCAGGCUCUGUCUUCCAAAGUCAAAGCCCCGUCUGCACUGGGGUAAAGCCACCUCAGAGAGACUGCCUUCUUUUUAUUGCGCACUGGUGCAGCUGAGAAGACUGGGGGUCUCCCUUUUUAAUCACAUGUUCAGAGUUUAUUUUUAUACAAACUAUUGGUUUGCAAGUGUAUGUGUAUUUCUGAAAACUCAGUGAUUGCCUAGAGGUUGGAAUUGUGUUUUUAAUAAAAUGUGUUUUUUUGUACUGUAACUGCUUGCCACUCUUCCAUUAAAGGCAAAAUGGCAACA